AGAUGACUGGAGACACUGAUGGAGGGCUCGUCUGAGGAAAUGUUUGCCUAUCAUUAAAGUUGUGUACUGUGAAUUGCAUGGGUUUUAUGAAUAGGCCGAUGUAUCUGUGCCAAUAAUAUGUUGCAUUCAUGUUAAUUUGUAUUUAAAAACAAACUUAAAUCUAAAUUUAAAUUAUCAAGCAACAAUUUGGUGGCCCCCCUGCAGUAUCUCUGAGGAGCCCCUGGGGGUCGUAGACCAAAUGUUGAAGUACCAGGGCCUAUGACAUCACAAAUAGUUUUAGCACUCUAGUUUUUAGAUUUGGGAGACAGCUGUUUAUAUUUACCAAUAUUUUUGGGACUGUCAUAGACCAUAAUAAUAACAUACAUGACUUCUGAAAAUGGGUGUAGUUCCCCUUUAAUGUGCUCAACAACAGUGAGUAUUUAAAAUAUGAAAUAUAUAAUUUAGUGGUAAAUUGGCUGCUUGGUGUUAUAGGGUUACUGACAUGGAUUGCUCGUGACACUGCGUGACUGAUGUUAACUGUUAAUCAGUUACUGCCAGUGAAAAUAAAGAUUUUUUUAUCUAUAAUUAUCUAUUGUGUGCCUAUAUCAAUGUCUAACUUAAAUUUGUCAGAUUCUGUUAUUGGGGAUUAAAUGGUGAAGCACUUAGAUUGUUAUAUUGCUACUUAUAUCUACAACUUGAUCCACCACUAUUGAUUUUCUGCAUCCUCUUGCUGUAGUGUGUGUUCACGACCUGUGGAGGGCAGCGACACGCCUGAGAGGCGAUGAGUCUCCGUAAAGUUGGAGCAGAAGAAGAAGCAGCAGAGCCAGAGCAAAGUGAAGAAGAAGAAUUUAACGGUUCCCGGUUGUUGAACCGCUCCCGUCUCCACGGUGCCGGUGGCUUCCAAAUUGUUUUGGACUGUAUUGUACCAGUGGCACCAACCAAGCGGCUAGCUGCUUCAUUAACUUCACCUAGCUAACGCACCGAGUAGCUAUGUGUUGACACAACUCACCUCAUUACGGAGCAUUACUACGACCAAAGACCCAGAGCGAUGGAGGAGGGCUCUGAGGUGAUUGAGGAUAUUGUAUUUCGAGGAGUGGAGUUCUCUGUGAAGAUUGAGCUGGACAAGGGUUUGCUGAUAGUAGAAAUCUCCGACUCAGUGACAGCAGAUCAAUGGAGAGGGGAUUUUGAUCCAGCAUACAUUGAGGACCUCACUCGCAAAACUGGCAACUUCAAGCAGUUUCCUAUUUUCUGCAGCAUGUUGGAAUCAGCUGUUAGAAAGAUGAGUGACUCUGUUACACUUGACCUCUUGACCUACGCUGACCUGGAGCUGCUACGUAACAGAAAAGCUGGAGUGGUUAGUCGUCCUCGCGGCCAUCAGCAGGCAUCUGCUCUCACUGCCAAAAGAUAUCUAAUCCUCAUAUAUACUGUAGAGUUUGACAGGAUACACUACCCAUUACCUCUGCCCUAUGUGGGUAAGCCUGACCCGGCUGCCCUGCAGAAAGAAGUCAGAGCUCUGAGGGCUGAGCUCAGCACCAUCUCCUCCCAUGGAGUAAACAAAUCUGCAGAACUAGAAAUACAGCGGCUACGAGCAGAGCUGGCUCGGGUUAAAGAGGAGAAGGAAGCCAUGGCUAAGGUUCUGGAGCGACUGCAAAUCGGUGGAAGUGGUUCCACAUCUGGACAAGAGGACUGGAGAGCCAGAGAUGUGGUGAGGACGCUGGAGGAGCAGCUUGUCAAGGAGAGGGCCAAAAGUCAGCGCUCGGCGAGCAAGAGAUGCCAGGAGCAGCGACUCCUAAUGGAGCAGUUGGAGGAGCUGAGAGCAUCAGAGUGCGCUCUCCGUGUCCGUGUCAAAAGUCUCACCAGUGAACUGGCGUUACUACGAAGAGGGUUAGACAAUCUCAGCAUCAGAGUGACUCCUGUGUCCGGUCGCAUCAGCUCUCGAGUUGAUGGGGAAAUCUAUCGCUCGCUCUCCCGUGAGAGGAGGUCAGGGUACGGGACAGUCAGGGCUCGCUCAGGAUCCAGAGAACGAAUGGAGAACAGAGGGCAAAGAUUGGAGGAGAGGGGAAGAAGAGCGGACUCGUCAGGACCACGUGCUCAUAUACCCAGGCCGUCACCUUCUCCCACUGGGUCUCGGAUACAGCGCUUUGACCCAACUGCUUACAUCCAGGACCGACAGCGCAGACAGAAAGAGGCCGAGCUCAAAAAACAGAGGAAGGCACGGAGGGACAUGCUGACAUCACCCAUUGUCCCUGAGAGAGGGCGUUCGCGUUCCAGAGAGGCCUAUCCUCAGAUGACCCGCUCUGGCAGCAGAGGCAGGAGUUUAUCAGUGGAGCGGAGAGGGAGCAGGAACUCCUCUGAAAGCUCGUUAGUGGAUAUGGAUGAAAUGGCCAAAACUCUGUUCAGAGGAGGGAAACAGACUUACAAUGGACCCAGUGUGGUGAGUGACAUGUCUAGAGGAGGCCUUUUGACCAGGAAGCCAUUAUGCAGCACUCCAACACACAGAACAAAAGACAAAGACAGCUCCAUAGAUACAGGUGCUGAGCUGUCAGAGAUUGAUGCCAGGCUGCUGGCACUUCAGGAGUACAUGAGGGACCUGGAUACAGGACACUAACAGCUACUGUACAACCUGCUGCACAGGCCACUCCAUGUUAGCUGAUAACUGCACAGCUUGAAGCUCGGCCAUCUUUUUUCAGACUGAGUUGUGAGUGACGGGUUCACCACAGUAUACCUGUCCAUGUAAGAGACUAAAACUCCAUCUGGAAGAUCAGACUUCCAGGACUCGAGGAAACUAUAGCCAUCACUGUGAAGGACUACUUUUUGUGGACAGAAAUUAUUUUUUUAAUGUACCAAGUUUUUAUUAUUUAACUUAAAAGAUUACUGUGUCUGAGUAGUGUUUUUUUUUUUUUUUUUU